GAAUUAGGUUUGCACUUGAUGUGCUCAGUUUCUUACAGCACCACUACCAAUCUCUCAUUGAUACUUAUUCUUGUUAUUUUCAUUCUAAGUGCAAACUUACGAAAUGAAUCAUAACUCUAUGAUUCAGCCUCAAGAUGAAGACGAAGAUGUACCUUAUGAUUUUCAAGAUGCUGCCGUGUUCCGCGAGUUUGUAAUGGAAGACAAAUGGAAAGAAGUGAUAGAUAAAUACGAAGAACAUGUAUAUUUUCACAAGAUAAGAAUAAAGGGAAGAGGAACAGCAUUACAUGUGGCAGUAAGCAAUGCCAACGAAGACAGUGUAAAACGUCUUGUAGAUGCAAUAGUAAAGCAUGAUGAUCAAAGUGGUUUUGAAAUAAAGACUGAAAGAGGUGAUACUCCUCUUCACCUUGCAGCAUAUAGAGGAUUCAAAAGUAUGUGUCAAUGUAUCAUUGGAAAAUAUGGUGAAAGGAAGCAUUUGAUUCAAGUAAACAAUGCAAAGGGAGAAACACCACUUUUUUGUGCUGUGCUUGCACGCCAUAAAAAGACCUUUCUUUACCUACAUCAUUUUUUCCCAUCUGAUAUCACUAUUGCUAUCAAUAACGUUGGUGCUACCAUUCUUCACGUUGCCAUUCAUAGAGAAAUGUUCGGUUAG